ACCUCCGGCUCCCAGGGACGCACUUGAGCGUGCGGAGGAACCACUCGCCUGCAGCCCGCCGCGAUGGGGCAGCCUGAGCCUUGAGCAACGAGAGCCGAGCGAGCGAAGAAGCAAGGGCAUUAAGACGGAGCGAGCCAGAAGCGGGCCUCUGGGGAGAGCGGAAGCCGGAGACCUGCAAGGGAGAAGAAACGCACAGCAGGUGGAAACCAGAUCUGGCGCGAGCGAGCCGGUCGGGUCCUCCGCUUGGUGUUAGGUGUUUUUUUUUGGGGGGGGGCGAAGAAAGUACCCGAGGAUCGCCUAUUUGGCUAAUAGAAACUACUUUUACCCUCAGCCUUAGAGGCUAAAGGGGGAGGUCAAGGCGGUCUCCGUGCCAUCAGGAGAGCUGAAGGGAACCAAGGACUGUUUGGAUCAGGCAGCGGCUGGCGGGUUGAGGCGCUCCACCCUCGGGGAAACACAUCCCUUUCAGGAACCGUCCAGCCGGAGCCGCUGGUGCAGAGAGACAGCUUUUGGAGGGUGAAAUUCUACUGAAAAAAGAUGGAAAAAGGAGCCAGGCACCGACAUAAUGCCGAAAAGAACCACGCAGGUGGGAGCGAAUCCCCGGCUACACCCGAGACCGGCUCCGGAGGGGGCGGAGUAGCCCUGAAGAAAGAGAUCGGAUUGGUCAGUGCCUGUGGCAUCAUCGUAGGAAACAUCAUUGGCUCGGGAAUCUUUGUCUCGCCAAAGGGCGUGCUGGAGAAUGCUGGCUCAGUGGGCCUUGCCCUCAUCGUCUGGAUCGUGACGGGUCUCAUCACAGCUGUGGGAGCCCUCUGCUAUGCCGAGCUUGGGGUCACCAUCCCCAAAUCUGGGGGUGACUACUCAUAUGUCAAGGACAUCUUUGGAGGACUGGCUGGGUUCCUGAGGUUGUGGAUUGCUGUGCUGGUGAUCUACCCCACCAACCAGGCCGUCAUCGCCCUCACCUUCUCCAACUAUGUGCUGCAGCCGCUGUUCCCCACCUGCUUCCCCCCGGACUCUGGCCUUCGACUCCUGGCUGCCAUCUGCUUAUUGCUGCUCACAUGGGUCAACUGCUCCAGUGUGCGGUGGGCCACCCGUGUUCAGGACAUCUUCACAGCCGGGAAGCUCCUAGCCCUGGCCCUGAUCAUCGUCAUGGGGGUUGUGCAGAUAUGUAAAGGAGAAUACUUCUGGCUGGAGCCAAAGAACGCCUUUGAGAACUUCCAAGAACCUGACAUUGGCCUCAUCGCGCUGGCUUUUCUUCAGGGCUCCUUUGCCUAUGGGGGCUGGAACUUUCUCAAUUACGUGACUGAAGAGCUGGUGGAUCCCUACAAGAACCUCCCCAGAGCCAUCUUCAUCUCCAUCCCCCUGGUCACCUUUGUAUAUGUCUUUGCCAACAUCGCCUAUGUCACUGCAAUGUCCCCCCAGGAGUUGCUGGCAUCCAACGCUGUCGCUGUGACGUUCGGAGAGAAGCUGCUAGGGGUCAUGGCCUGGAUCAUGCCCAUCUCCGUUGCGCUGUCCACCUUCGGAGGAGUCAAUGGCUCUCUCUUCACCUCCUCCCGGCUGUUCUUUGCUGGAGCCAGAGAAGGCCACCUGCCCAGUGUGUUGGCCAUGAUCCAUGUGAAACGCUGCACCCCAAUUCCAGCUCUGCUCUUCACCUGCAUCUCCACGCUGCUGAUGCUGGUCACCAGCGACAUGUACACGCUCAUCAACUACGUGGGUUUCAUCAACUACCUCUUCUACGGGGUCACGGUGGCUGGACAGAUAGUCCUUCGCUGGAGGAAGCCUGACAUCCCCCGCCCCAUCAAGAUCAACCUGCUGUUUCCCAUCAUCUACUUGCUCUUCUGGGCCUUCCUGCUGAUCUUCAGCUUGUGGUCAGAGCCAGUGGUGUGUGGCAUUGGCCUGGCCAUCAUGCUCACAGGAGUGCCUGUCUACUUCCUGGGUGUCUACUGGCAACACAAGCCCAAGUGUUUCAACGACUUCAUUGAGCUGCUAACCCUGGUGAGCCAGAAGAUGUGUGUGGUUGUAUACCCCGAGAUGGAUGGGGCCUCAGAGACAAAGGGGACACAAGAAGACAUAGAGGAGCAGCAACAACCCAUCUACCAGCCCCCUGCCAGCAAGGACUCGCCCGAGCAACCCCAGCCCUGAGUCCCGUUAGCUACACUCUGCCUCCUCCUCUCUGCCAGGCCUGUGUCCCCAGCACACACAGCCCCCCAAACACACACACACACCUGUCUGCUUCCAUCAGGAAGCUGUGCAGGACCUGGGCAUGGUAGUGAGAAAUGACAAGAGACGCUGGCCCUUGUACCCAAAGAACCAGCCUGACACGCCAGCAUCUAUGACCCAGGCCCCACUCCACGCUGCGGGGGGAGACUGCAGACAGACAGGGUACCCCACAAGUCUCGUCUCCAGGCCCUCAGGGGUCUCUCCGGAACCUGAGCCCACCACUGCCGUUGCUUCCCUUCCUACCCAGUCCUAAGCCCUGCAUGGUUGGGGGGAGAUCUUAAUGCAGAGACAGGAGGCAACCUACCAGGAGUUAGCAAAUCUAUCACCAUUAAGAGGCUGCUGGAGAACCCCAAACCCUCCCCACUCAUCAGGGACCCAAAAAUCAGAAGGGAUCUGUUCCCUGCCCCAGCCUGGGCUCCUUGUCCCAAGCAAGGCUCCUUUCUGGAUGUCACCUCCCCACUGAGCUAAGGACCAACCAGAGUACUGCCCCCCAACCCCGACUUUUCAAGCCCCAAGCUAGAUCAGAGGAACAUUCUAGAAAAGCUCUACCUGCAGACUCAGCCCUGCCCCUUG